UGAUUUAUUCUGCGAGCUGCAGCAAAUCUAUACAGAAGAGACUGUAGUACACUGCGCUGUCUUUACUUCGUCUAAUAUGUGUUAUUUAUUUCUUUAUUAACGUACGAUAUUUUCACACGUAUCUUUAAAUGAUACAACGCGUGAUUUAGCGGUUACUUAUAUUUACCAAGUUUGAAAGUGUUGGACGAAAAUUUCGGCUGUGUCAAGUUCCCUUUGCGGUGGGCCUUUCGCUUCAUGUGCACUAAUUUUUAAAUCUGCCGUUUUUCUUCUCCGUUCAAUCAAUAUUGCUGGAAUUGCGAUCGACGUAAUUAUUCAGUUGUUGGUGUGACCAAAUAAUGACCAAUAGCGACGUACCACUCGCCUGAUGAGCUGGGUUAUCUGUGUCGAUCCGAGCGAUCGAUGAUGAACAAAAAUGAAACGGUUGAGAUUACGAAAUGGCGACUUGCCUGACGGCCGAUACGUGUGCAUCUGAGAUUUUAACCUCGUAUUAAUCGCAAUUUGUCGGAAAAUCGUCUCGAAUUGCCCGUAACCAUGUUGAUUAAUCGUUGGAAAAAGGACAAAGAGAAGGAUAAAUCGGCGGCCGGGGCGCAGGCUAAUUCAAACAGCUCCGCCAGUUCAACCGGCUCGUCUAAAACCUUCAGCAGCUCGGUCAAGAAAAAGAGGAAAUCCGGCAAAGAAGGAAACCGGGCCGAUGAAGAACGCAGAAAUCGCGCCAACCGGCGCGAAGAUCCCAGACGUCAUACGCUGACCGGAGAUCACCAUCUCGGCGUUAAUUACCAGCCGAAUAAUAUCAACAAAAGCAUGGAUUUGGAAUCGUAUUUUCAGUCACCGUUAACCAGAGGAUAUCCUCCACCGUCGAAUUCCGUACUAUUUGAUGAAGAUCCCGGUAUCAUGUCCGAGGUGGAGACCAGCUCGACCGGAUUCCGAAGAGGAAAUAAACAGCGUAGCUCUUUACCAGUAGUCAGAACUCCUUCUAAAACGCUCGAAAGGCCGCUAGGUCUUGUUUUUUUGCAAUAUCGAAACGAAACCAAACGAUCUCUGUUGCCAAAUGAAAUCACAUCGUUGGAUACGGUCAAAGCGUUGUUCGUACGAUCGUUUCCUAAACAACUCACUAUGGAGUAUUUAGAUUCGCCUCAGGUGAAAAUCUACAUACACGAUUCCAACAAAGAUAUGUUUUACGAGUUGGAAGAUUUAAGAUCUCAUUUAAACGAAAUUCGCGAUCGUUCUGUCCUAAGACUGUACGAAUCUGCGGAUGUUGCCGGAGGCAGUUUACCGGCCGGCUUGUCGGCUCAAUCUCAUAUGUGGGUCGAUCAAGAUCAGUCGUAUUUCAGCGAACCGGAAUUCGAUUCCGAAUUUCAACAUCAACAUAUUCAUAAAACAAAGGGGAACAAAGGUAAUCUCGCUCAUCAGCCGUAUUAUAUGACGCAUUCUUUUCCACCUGGCACAUCGCAAACCCUACCCAGAGGCGUCGGUGCAGGAGCAUCUCUUACUAGACCUUUUUCAACAAUGCUUCCAAAUUCGACGAAGCCUCACGCGGGGUUUAUGUCGUCGCCGGAACGAGCGCCAGCGCCUAACCGUAGUUAUAAUUCAUACAGUCGUAAUUUAUACGAAGAUCCCUACUAUUCGCAGUACGGAACUAGGCCGUCUUCCAUAACGCCAAUAAUCGACGAAGAAACUAGUGACACCGAAUUACUAGAAGAUGGGUACAGUUUAUACAGCGGCGUUAAAUUACCACCUUCCGGCACUGUACGCCCGGCUGCUGCAUUUGGACUUGCGACCCUGACACCAGCUGUACCACUUGACGCCACUAGAUUACGUGUAGAACAUAUGGAAAGACAACUAGCCAACUUGACGGGUUUGGUUCAGAAAGCGUUGACUCAAACCGGACCUACGCCUUCGCCCAGAGAUCGGGACGUAUCUUCCGCAGACGAGUCAUGUUCGAGAUCGGAUACAAAACCGCCUAAAUUGUCCAAAGAUAAAUCUGUUUCAUUUGAGAAAUCCGUGUCGUUUAGCGAUGAUCCGCCAGAUAUGAGUUCACCGAAGCAGCAUUCGCCUCAGCAUACAGACAGUAAGCCGGCUAAGCCAGCCAUAAAAUCUUCGACUUUGCCUAGAAUGUCCUCUCAAGAAAGGGACCGAUUUAAACCUACGCCACCGCCGAAACCGUUAUCUCUAUCUCCGGCACCUUACGAUGGUAGAACUGUAUACAGAGAUUUACAACUAACUCCAGAAAUGUACAAUCAGCUGAGAGGCUUGCAGAAGAAAGCCAGAGAUUUAAGACAGGAAGCUCGAAGCCUCAGGCGGAUGUCUCAAGCGCAGGCUCACGCAGUAAAAGAAACCGUUAGAGAUACCUAUAUUAAGAUAAGAUCCAUGAUAAUGAGUGGUGGCGAAUGUCUGUGGUCGGGAGGCGCCGAUUCUGAAAGAAUUAAAAUCAGCAGAGAGGAAGAAGUUUAUAGACAAGAAAUCAUCAAACUUGAAGAUGAUUUAACAGAACUUGAAGGAACCGUAGAAGAAUUGAGAAGUAAUGUUAUCAAUAGAAAAACCAGAGUGAACAUGUCCGAUGUUGAAAAUAUGGCAUUAAUCUUGAGUAAAUCGAGCAAAACGGUGGCGGAUUUGAAAUUGAAAUUUCCUUUGCUCCAAAACGCGAUGAAAUCCCUGAUGACGCUGGAAAUGGAGAGGAUCGUAACGGAAGAAACAUUCUUGAAGGAAGAGCCCGAUAGACUAGAAAGCGCCCUGAAAAGGUGUAAAAAAUUGACUGGAACUUUAGUUACGCUCAAAAGACUAGCGUCUGUACAAGAACAAAGAUUGCCAGAUAAUCGUUUAUCGCCUACUACCGAUGAAACUCCUCCAGUUACUCCUACUUCGGGAAAGUGCGAUGGAUCGAGUGGUGUCGUGGGAUCCGCAGGUUGCGGCGGCGAUGCUGGAGGAAGAUAUGACGGCGGCGACUUCGGUGGUUCGAAGAGCACGCUCGACUCUUUGCUAGACGAAUUGCAAAAAACAUCGUCAUCGUCGGCGUCGUCGUCGUCGUCAAAAAGCGCGAUUCACACUCACACCCACACCAAUGGAACCUUACGCCGGCUGCAUUCGUUCCCGUCGGCCGAUAACAAACCUCCGGUGCCCGAACGUAACGUCGACUCUAGUGGUAAACGUAUACCUCCUCCGCCACCUCCGAGGACCAGCUCGAAAUCUCCGCUAGCCUCGCCUACCAAUCCGAGCGCUCCGGUACGUUUAAAUUGUAGUCCGAUACGUAAAGGAUCGUUGGGAUCUUUGACUAAGGUGUUAAAAGAUAAAUUAGAGCAACCUUGCGCUUCUACGUCCUCCAGUUGCGAAUCUAUUAACUCUCAAGAAGGCGUACAGCAGUCUCAGCAAAGACAAGAACAGCUCGAGUUGAGGCAUCAAGAACUGCUCAAGAAACAAAAAGCUCUGCAGGAGCAGUACACCAGGCUGCAACAGUUACAGAAAACUUCGCCUCCCGAUUUGCUGCAGCUCAAGAAAACCGGCAGCGAGAGUAAUAUUUUAGCCAAAAUGGGCUUAGGACUGACCACUACUCCCAUUUCCGCUAGUUUAUCAUACUUAGUCACCCAAAACAAUGAUCAGAACUCAAAUAACCACGCUUCCGAAUCGCUUAUUGCCAAUAAGCCGGCAGUUUACGAAACCGAUAUAUUGUAGGUAGGUACUAGCCACUAUAGGUACUACGAGUAGGUACUCCAUGGUAGUUAUGAGUUACGAUCGGCUGAUUGGUUAAUUUCAAACCAAAUCAAAAAAUUACCUUAGCUUUUUCAAAGUUACAUAGGUACGUAGUACGUUCUCGUAUGACGAUUUAUCAAUAUCUUAGGAGCGACGUGCCUUUUUGAUGCAAAAAAAAAAAUGACGAAAAAGUUGUAACUUAUGCCUCUCUAUUAAAAAAAUAAACGAGUCUGCAAAAAAUGCGAACGAAUGCAGUCAUCCAUUGUGGAAAUAUCAAAGUUUAUCUCGGUGUGAAAUCGCGACGAUGUAUACUUUUUAUUUGUACCUAAUUUGUGUUGUACGCUAUCAGGAAAUUCAACGUGGUCCAUUUUGACCAAGUUAUUUUUUUCUGUUUUUGUUUUUAUUUUUGUAUGUAUGUCUUGGUGCGUAUUUUUCGGUUCGUUAUAGGUGAGUAGGUUAUAUUGGUAUUAUUUAUAUUUUUUUAAAAUACUUUUCAUAGAGCCUUUUUACUUUACACUUGAGAACGAUCUUCUUAUAGUUCUGAACGAUGCAAUCAAUCAUUUUUAAUACGUACAAACGUGUACUCUAAAUUUUAUAAAAAUUAAGUUUUUUUUUUCUUUUUCGAUACCAUUUUUUCGAAUAGAUAGGUAACUAUAUAGUUUCAAUGAUGAAUUACCUCAGUAGUGAUAUCUGGUAAACAACUUCAUAAUACUGAUAUUUUACCGAAAACGAUGAAAGUAAGGUCGUCUUUAAAACGAAUAAUGUUAUCAGCUGCGAAGGCACUAUAAGUAUGCACGUGAGAAGCGUUUGUGCAAAGUUUUUAUUUCUCUAUUGUUUUUAUUGUGUUUGUUCCUUAAAUAUUAAGUAAUCUAUUCUUGAUUUUUUUUUUUUUUUUUGAAUUCAUUGGUACCUUUUAAGCAACAUCGAUUUAUGUGCUCAAUUUGAAAAUAAAUAGCUUUCAAAGAUAA